CCGGGGACGUUGUCUGCAGGUAUGGAGGUUGUUCUCUUUUCCCUGUCUUUAUUUCCUUCCCAAUCGGCUGCCAUCCGAGGAGCUGAGGAAGCCUAGAGCUCUCAGGAGCAGUCCUUUGAGCUGGCGUAGGGGUAAGGGGCACGACAGGGAGGUUGGUGGUGAGGAAGUUCCUUACUUUGAUCUUUGGAAAUCCCUUGUUCCUGGUGGCACCUCCAAAGCCUUGAGUAGCCAGAGCUCACCAUCCGGGACUUUGCUGCAUUCCAAGUGUAGCGUUUGGAGACUAACGAGUUGUGGUUUGGCGGUUUGAGACUGGAAAAUCGCCAAACGUUUUCAUAUUUUACACCCACGUUUUCACAGCACGCCUGCACUCAGAAUGGUCCAGCGUUUGACAUACCGACGUAGGCUUUCCUACAAUACAGCCUCUAACAAAACUAGGCUGUCCCGAACCCCUGGUAAUAGAAUUGUUUACCUUUAUACCAAGAAGGUUGGGAAAGCACCAAAAUCUGCAUGUGGUGUGUGCCCAGGCAGACUUCGAGGGGUUCGUGCUGUAAGACCUAAAGUUCUUAUGAGAUUGUCCAAAACAAAGAAACAUGUCAGCAGGGCCUAUGGUGGUUCCAUGUGUGCUAAAUGUGUUCGUGACAGGAUCAAGCGUGCUUUCCUUAUCGAGGAGCAGAAAAUCGUUGUGAAAGUCUUGAAGGCACAAGCACAGAGUCAGAAAGCUAAAUAAAAAAAUGAAACUUUUUUGAGUAAUAAAAAUGAAAAGACUUGCUGUA